AUGACGACGCCGCCAGCCCCUUCCCAGCAGCACCGUCCGCCAGCCGUCAGCCCCCUCUCGUUGAGUGCAGACUCACGGCGACCACAGUCACAGCAGAUGUCUCCUACGCUCUCCCCUUUGUCACCAAUUACUCAGGCUGUGGCCAUGGAUGCAUUGUCUCUGGAGCAGCAGCUUCCCCCAUAUCCAUUUUUCACCCAGACAACUUCCCAGCAGCAGCAGCAGACCCAGGUGGCCAGUACCCUGCCCCAGAACACUCCUUUAAUGCAGACCUCUGGUUUACAGCGAGGAACUCAGCUCCCCCCGCUCUCCGUCACGGUACCUUCGACCAUCCCACAGUCACCUCCGGGCAGCCAGACCCAACCAUCAAUGGGAAUAGACAUCAACUCGGCCUCACUCCAGCAGUACCGCAGUAAUGCUGGCUCCCCAGCCAACCAGUCUCCCACCUCUCCUGUCUCCAAUCAAGGCUUCUCUCCUGGCAGCUCCCCUCAACAUUCUUCCAUUCUGGGGAGUGUAUUUGGUGACUCCUAUUAUGAUCAGCAGAUGACAGCUAGGCAGGCUAAUGCCCUAUCCCAUCAGCUUGAACAGUUUAAUAUGAUAGAAAACGCCAUUAGUUCCAACAGCCUGUACAGCCCCUGUUCCACCCUUAACUACUCCCAGGCAGCCAUGAUGGGACUCACCGGCAGUCAUGGCAGCUUGCAGGACUCGCAGCAGCUCAACUACUCCAGCCAUGGGAACAUCCCCAACAUAAUUCUUACAGUGACAGGAGAAUCCCCCCCCAGCUUAUCAAAAGAACUGACCAGCUCUUUGGCAGGCGUGGGCGACGUCAGCUUCGACGCGGAUUCCCAGUUCCCUCUGGAUGAACUCAAAAUUGACCCUUUAACCUUGGAUGGACUCCACAUGCUCAACGACCCGGACAUGGUCCUCACCGACCCCGCCACAGAGGACACGUUCAGGAUGGACCGGCUGUGAAGCGCCGCCAGCGGGCGCGUGGGAGAUGACACUUGGUCCUGGAACCCGCCUGAACUCGAGAGCCCAGCGGGUCACUUGUGUCCAAAUGGGAGCCGCCGAGCGCAGCAGCUGCGUCCUGGACCGUGUGUCCCAUGAGUAAAGCUUUGUUGUUCUAAGCUUGCUGUGCUGCAGACCCCUCCUCCCUGUCACGCCGAAUUUCACCCCUUCAGCCGCUCGUUGCCAUGAAUGAGUAAGGAGUUUCCAUCGGCCUCUUCCUCUCCAGCUUCCCCCCUUCCUCCCACCAAA